CUGCCGAGAUCUACCAGACCAAAUAGAGAGGCGUAGCCAUUACUGACAGCCUACUACCAGGGCAGGCAGAAUGCACUGCAGCAGUAAUAACAAAGUGGGCUCGUAUUAUUGCUGUGAGAGAGUCCAAUCUCAGCUAUGGCGCAGACUGAGGAAUGGGGAAAGCCUGUGGAGAGGAGAGGGAGAUUAACUGCAGUCCUGGUGUUGGCAACACUCAUAUCUGGAUUUGGCUCAUCGUUCCAGUAUGGUUACAAUGUGGCUGUGGUCAACUCUCCUUCACCGUUCAUGCAGCAGUUCUAUAAUGCCACCUACAUGGAGCGUUACGGCGCACCGAUGGAGGGCACCCUCCUGACCCUGCUGUGGUCUCUCACUGUGUCCAUGUACCCGCUGGGGGGCUUCUUCGGCUCGCUGAUGGUGGCCCCUCUGGUCAACAAACUAGGGAGGAAGGGCACCCUUCUCUUCAACAACAUCUUCUCCAUCGUCCCUGCUGUGAUGAUGGGAGUCAGCGAGAUUGCCAAGAGCUAUGAGAUCAUCAUUGUGGCGAGGUUCAUAGUGGGCAUCUGUGCAGGCCUCUCAUCCAACGUGGUGCCCAUGUAUAUCGGAGAACUCGCUCCCAAAAACCUGAGAGGAGCCCUUGGCAUCAUACCUCAGCUCUUCAUCACUAUCGGCAUCCUCAGCGCACAAGUGCUUGGCAUCAGAAACAUACUGGGCAACAGCACAGGAUGGACCCUCAUGCUGGGUUUGACCAGUAUCCCCGCCCUGGUGGAGCUCCUGCUGCUGCCCUUCUUCCCAGAGAGCCCCAGGUACAUGCUGAUCCAGAGAGGAGACGAGAAGACGGCUCUGAGAGCUCUGCAGCGUCUGCGCGGUAAAGAGGACGUGGAUGCAGAGCUGUCAGAGAUGCGUCUGGAGGACCAAUCAGAGAAGGCCGAGGGCCGCCUGUCCGUGCUCAGCCUGCUAUCCCAGCGCUCGCUCCGCUGGCAGCUCAUCUCCAUCGUCGUCAUGAACAUGGGCCAGCAGCUGUCGGGGGUUAACGCGAUCUACUAUUAUGCAGACAGCAUAUAUGCCAGUGCAGGUGUAAAGCAGGACGUCAUCCAGUACGUCACCGUGGGAACAGGUGCAGUGAAUGUCUUCAUGACCAUCGCUGCUGUCUUCAUCGUGGAGGCCGUGGGGCGACGGGUGCUCCUCCUCUGUGGCUUUGGGAUCUGCUGUGUGGCCUGUGUGCUGCUCACUGUCGCUCUCAACUUCCAGGAGAGCGUGACGUGGAUGUCUUACGGCAGCAUCGCCUGUGUCAUUAUCUACGUUAUAGGACACGCCAUAGGACCCAGUCCCAUUCCUACUGUGGUGACCACCGAGAUGUUCCGGCAGUCGGCCCGGCCCGCUGCCUUCAUGGUCGCAGGCUCCGUCCACUGGCUCUCCAACUUCACUGUUGGCCUCGUGUUCCCCUUCCUUGAGAGAGGUCUGGGCUCAUACAGCUUUAUAAUUUUUGCCUUCAUCUGCCUGGUCACGCUGAUCUACAUCUGGCUUGUGGUCCCAGAGACAAAGAACAAGACCUUCCUGGAGAACUGCCAAAUGUUUGCCAAGAGGAACAAAGUGGAGAUCAAACUAGGCGAUGGGGAUCUGCCUCUGACAGAGGGUAAAGAAAGUCUGGAGGAUGCAGCAAGGGUCACAACAUUCUGAAGAUAAAUGAGACCAUUCAGGGGAGAGGAAGUCUACACCCUGGGGAGGAUUCAAAAGGAAUGGAUACGUCUUAAUUUAACGUCUGUUCUAUUUCACAAGGGAUCUUCACAUAAUCUCUUUGUUUAUAGUUUUUCCAUGGCUGUUGUGGCUUAUACAUUUUUUUUUACAGAACAUUCAGAUCUUAAGGACAAACAAGAUAAUGAAGAGGCAAAAAGGUUUAUUUAUGACCUCCACCCUCUGUUUUAUAGCCACUAUUAUGCAUUCCUGGUGGCCAUGCAGAAAACGCCUGAAUAAAAUAAAGUGUCCUUUAUGUUGAGCAAUCGUAUUUUUAACAAUAGGAUGUUUUACAGUGGAUUUAUAACUAUAUUAUAACUAAAUUAUAUUGAUGUUAAGCUUAUUCUAAAUAUAAAGACAGGCUAUAUUGAAUACAUUGGGUGUACUCGCAUAACGUGAGUGCCUUCCAUCUAUUAUCCUAUAUGAUUUUGUAUUCUUACCUUAGGUGUGAUUGAUUUGAAGUUUUUUCAAGGUUUUUGGAAUGAAUCAUGCAUUAAAAUACACCUGCUGUU